CAUCGACUGCCUUCUGUUUUCCUUACUACACAUCGCUCGCCGCUCUUACCAUGAAGUCAUUCCACAUGAGAGUUCUCAGCCUUUUCUUUUUGGUCCUUUGUGGAGCUACCCAAGGAUUCAGUUUAUUCAACCGUCAGGACGACUGCUCUCACGAAAGCCUGUCCGAUGACAUUUGUUGCAUUGGUUUUGACGAGGACUUCUGCCGGGGAUGGCGCCACGAAAUGAAGGUGGGCUACCAAAAGCUGCCUUGGUCCACUCGGAAUGACAUUGAAUCGCUGAUUUGCCGUCGAGGAUGCAAGAUUGAGCUUUACAAUCACGAUGGGACCACGCCCGAAGAAAGAGGCGAAAAAUUCGUUUUCGACGCCACCAAGAGCCAGAACCAUCUAUAUAAGAAUCUGGAUGGGGAUGACGAGCUCCGAGAAAUGGCCAGUGCCGUGGAUUGCUCGUGCGUGGUUCAGGGAGCCGGCUAUGGGGAUGCCGCCGUGGAAGCUGCCAUCGGAUCCGUGGUCCAGAGCAACGCUGGACCUCAAUGCCGAACCGUCCGAUUCCUCGAGAACAAUGCGUGUAAGCUCUAUGAUGCCGCCGAUUGCCAAUUGAAUGAGUGGGAGGCCGAGCUGAAUAUGGUGCCCGGGGAAUCUCGGAGCUUCUCCCGUCUUCAGAGCUGGAGUAAUCGCCAUUACCGCAAGGCCGUUCGAUCAGUCUCGGUUCGCCGAGGAUGUAAAUUAGAAUUAUACGAUGGGUCCAGCUUCGAUGGAGAGGUGAUCAGCGUGGCCGCACCCAACCAAGAUACACAUGUGACCUUGGCCACCAAUAAAGAGACCACCGCUAUGGACCAAGAGGCAAAGUCCGCGAAAUGCAUUUGCUAAUUACAAUCAAGCCAUUUAUAUAUAUUGUUAAUUAACCUGUACGAGAUCCUGAGGCCUUAGCUCACUUUGAAGGUUGAAAGCUCAAAGAAGUAGUUAGCUUUUUCAAUUGAGAUUGAAUUUCAAAAGAGCAGGACCAUGAAAUAAUAAAUAUAUUCGCGAUGGA